AUGGUUGAUACCACCGAACCCACUUGCUCGGCCGUCAGCUGCGAUCGACCCGCUCAUUUACGAUGCCCCACUUGUGUCAAGCAAGACAUUGUUGAAGGAUCUUCCUUCUGUUCUCAGGAUUGCUUCAAAAAGAGCUGGGGUGUUCACAAGGCAGCACACAAGAAGCAUCAAGGCACACAAUAUGAUCCAUACACCACGUUCCCUUAUACAGGAAAGUUGCGUGCAGUAUAUCCAUUAUCACCUCGACGUGCUGUUCCAGAUCACAUUCCUCGACCUGAUUAUGCUGAGGGUGGUAUUCCCACUUCUGAAAUUGCCAAUCGUCGCAGCAACCAAAUCAAAGUAUUGAACGCUGAAGAAAUUGAAGGCAUGCGGAAAGUCUGUAAGAUCACACGUGAGGUCUUGGAUAUUGCAGCUGCAGCUGUGCGCCCUGGUAUCACCACAGAUGAAAUCGAUCGCAUUGCCCACGAAGCUACCAUUGAGCGCGGCGCAUAUCCAUCACCAUUGAACUAUUAUUACUUUCCCAAGUCAUGUUGCACUUCUGUCAACGAGGUGAUUUGUCAUGGUAUUCCGGAUCAGCGUCCUUUGGAAGAUGGUGAUAUUAUCAACAUCGACAUCUCCUGCUACUAUGGUGGAUUCCAUGGUGAUAUGAAUGAGACAUACUGUGUUGGUAAUGUGAGCGAGACGGCACGCAAGUUGGUGGAUUGUACUCGUGAAUGUUUGGAUAAGGCAAUUGCUGCAGUCAAACCUGGUAUGCGAUACCGAGACUUUGGCAAGAUCAUUCAAGACCAUGCACACAAUAAUGGAUUCUCUGUGGUGCGCGCAUUUGUUGGACAUGGCAUCAAUCAACUUUUCCAUCCUCCACCUGAUGUUCCUCAUUAUGCCAACAACAAGGCUGUUGGAAUUUUGAAGCCUGGCCAUUGCUUUACUAUUGAGCCAAUGAUUUGUGAGGGUGAUCACCGUGAAGUGGUUUGGCCCGACGCAUGGACUGCAACAACCAAGGAUGGCAAGCUUUCAGCACAAUUUGAGCACACCUUGCUAGUUACUGAAGAUGGUGUUGAGAUCCUUACAAAAUAA